CUGCAGCUGCCGCCGCCGCCGCCGCCGCCACCGCCGGGGAGCUCGAUGGGCUUCUCCUGCGCGCCGCCCUGUGUCUGGCCGAGUCCAGGGAGCCGCGGCGCCUCGUGCCGGGGAGCCAUCGCUGCAGCCCAGGGCCGGGUCCCGGGUCGAGCGCUGAAAGGGGAGCGACGACGGCAGCGGCAGCCGGAGCCCCACCGGGGGGGCCUGGGACUGGGGAACUGCCUCCGGCUUCACGGUCAGUCGGAUGCCAGUAUGGACAGAAUAGUUUAUGAUGCUUAUCCCCGCCCACCACUUCCGAGACAUUGAGCGGAAGCCGCAGUACCUCCAGCCGGAGAAGUGCAUCCCGCCUCCCCACCCCCGUCCCGCGGGAACCAUGUGGUUCAUCCGCGACGGCUGUGGCAUCGCCUGUGCCAUCGUCACCUGGUUCCUGGUCCUCUAUGCGGAGUUCGUGGUCCUCUUCGUCAUGCUGAUUCCGUCCCGGGACUACGUGUACAGCGUCAUCAACGGGCUUGUGUUCAACCUGCUGGCCUUCCUGGCCCUGGCUUCCCACUGCCGGGCCAUGCUGACGGACCCCGGGGCAGUCCCCAAAGGAAAUGCCACUAAAGAAUUCAUCGAGAGUUUACAGCUGAAGCCUGGGCAGGUGGUGUACAAAUGUCCCAAGUGCUGCAGCAUCAAGCCUGACCGAGCGCACCACUGCAGCGUCUGCAAGCGGUGCAUUCGGAAAAUGGACCACCACUGUCCCUGGGUCAAUAACUGUGUCGGUGAGAACAACCAGAAGUACUUCGUCCUGUUUACAAUGUACAUAGCUCUCAUUUCCUUGCACGCCCUCAUCAUGGUGGGAUUCCACUUCCUGCACUGCUUUGAAGAAGACUGGACAAAUCUCCUGCAAGCCUAUGGACUGACCAGGGAAGAAACAGCAGAGGCCCGAAUAUCUCUUCAUGAAAUAAAGCAGCCCCUUAAAGUCAGUUCCACAGAGUGCAGCUCCUUCUCGCCACCCACCACGGUGAUCCUCCUCAUCUUGCUGUGCUUCGAGGGGCUGCUCUUCCUCAUUUUCACGUCUGUCAUGUUCGGGACCCAGGUGCACUCCAUCUGCACGGAUGAGACGGGCAUCGAGCGCCUCCAACGAAAGAAGCAGCGCAGGGAACGCAGGGGCAGCUGGAAGUCGGUCAAAGAGACCUUCGGCGGAGACUUUUCCCUGAACUGGUUCAACCCCUUCUCCGGACCGCGUCACCCAAAGCCGCUCAGCGACAGAGACUGGGUGCGACAGGUGUCCUCGGUGUCGGACACGGAGAACACGGAGACGACGACGACGACGGAGGAGCCGUCGGAGGAGCCGAAGAACGAGGACUUCGUGGAGGUGGUCGAUGAGUGACGCUGCGGGCGGGGCCGGCACCGGGCCUCGCUGGCGGCAGCCCGGGGCACCUGGGCACCCCAUGCGCUCCCCUCACGCCCCUGACCUCCGCCCCCCGCCCCCCUCCCCACGCCGGGCCAGGUCAGGCGGCGGGGGUGGACGCAGCGUGACGGAGGCCGACGAGAGCCCUGCUCUGAGCUCCCCACCCCGUGAGGGAUUGUCAGGAACCAUCCUCCGAGGCUGGGCAAGCUUCUCAGCCUGCACAGCCUCACCCAGCAAAGGAAGCUCCGUGCAGGGCAGCCCAGGGGCAGAAAAGAACUUGCCUCUGUCCUUCCUUGGGGUGUCUGUCUUCUCUUGAGAAGGUUGGGGCCCAGGCUCCUGGCUUUUGGGAACUAAGGCUGUGAGGUGGUGACGGAAGGACAGAGCAGGGCUGGCCUUGGGAACCUGGGGGGGGACCCCAGCAUUAGCAGAGAUGGGCCUGGGCAGGCGGCAAGGAUCCUGGCCGCUCCCCAGAAAGAGCUACCCCCCACCAACCCCUGUGCCUGUCUUACUAGGAGACAGCCAUGGCGGCCUUGGCUGCCUCCGGGGCUCCAGCUUGGUUUGAGAGAGGGCCCCACACAUGUGGGACAUGCACAGUUGGGCAUGAGCCUAAGUUGUGACCGCAGCACCCAAACAGCUCGCAUUCCACAGACACCAGAAGCCUCAGUCCGCCCCGAGGCAUCCUGUCCCGGGGCUAAGACUCUGUCCACUCCCGGUGGAGGGACAGAGGGACAACCUAUGUAGAGCUCCUGGAACUCCAACCUCCCCUGUGAGAACUGCAUUUAACUGUCCCUCCUGAAAAGAGUCUAACCACCCACAUGGGCAGAACUGACCAGAAAAUCUGGCCUAAGAGUCUUAGGCCUGUUCUCCCAAGACAGUGUCCUUUCUUGGGGCAUCUCUCUCAAACCAUGAAUGGGGGCCAGGGCCUGCUGAUUGAGAAGCAGUAAGGCCCCCUGUCACACACACAGACCUCCCACACUACGAGGCUGAGCCGGGACCCUGCUCAUCCCUUGUGAAGCCUGAAGUGUCCGUGAUCAUUCCUGAAGGCCUGAGCAGCGCGUCCUGGGUUCACAGUCCCCAUUCUCAUAGCAGCUGAAGCAGCAUCUUUCACAGAGUCCAGCAGAGGGUUGGUGCCCCAUGGUGACUGUGGGUAAGAAAGGAGGGCCAGGCAGUGGCCUAGUUCUGGGAGGGCACCCUUGGGCAUUCCAUAAAGGUGGCGAUUGUCAGAGAGACACUGCUGUCCACCCCCAGUGACCUGCCAGGCUCUGGGUUUUCUUGUGGGGGGGCCGCUUCUUUCCUCAUCCCAGCUCUAAUGAUGUCUCACAAGAGGGCGACAACAGGACUCGGGCAUUGAUAGAGUAGUUGGCAGGGCAUGGGGCCUUCCACACCCAGGCCGUAGGCCUCUUUUCUGGGUCCGUAUCAGCUUUAAUAUUUAUUUACGGCCACAUAAGGGACCCUGGGGGGCUCUGAAGCCUGUUAACUCACCAUCUAGGCAGGAUGUGGCUACGGAGACCUGCUAGUUUUUAUCCUUACCCAAAAAAGCAUCCAAGGCACAGGCUUGAUGGACUGUACACCCAAGAGACUCCAUGCUGGGGAAGGAAAGCCAUCCCAACCCCUGGAGUCCCCAGGAGGCCAUGGUUAGAAGAAGGGGAGAGGGGUCACUGGUCACUGUUUGCAGACAGCUUCAGGGGUCUCUGCUGAGUCCAAGCCUGAGGUCAGAGGUAUGUGCUGAACCACAGGGCCCCUGAGAAAUGUCCCUGCAUGACAGGUUUGAAACUGGUCUUCCUCUGGUCAUCAUGGCCUGAAAGCAGAGGUACCUACCAGGCCCAAAGCCACUUCUGCUUUCAGAUUGGUGGGUGCGGAGGCCUUUCACCUGCACAGAGUGGGACCCAGCCCCGACCCCUCUCCUCGCUGAGCCCAUCUCCCUCCACACUAGACACAUCAGACCGUGUCCCAGGAGAGGCACCUGGGCCGUGUGGGAAUCACCUGCCCAACCCUAAGCCUCGUGGCCUCGCAUCAGCAACCACAGUGGCCUUCUCUCCAUAGUGGCUGUCGCCAGUAUGAUAUUCUGCUUAACCCCAAACUUACCACUGGGCAACUGAUGACAGAACAAGCUGAGGGCUGCAGGGAGGGAGGCCAGGCACAAGCCUCCACCUCUUUGAAUAAAAAGCUCUCUGGUCCACCUCA